GCUCCGUGGUUAACACUUCCACCCAGCUCCAUGCGGGCAAACAUCCAAAUUAGACAAAACUGAUGGCCAGGCUACUGCUCUCCAUUUCCACAUCUGUUUAGGUUCCUCUUGGUUCUUGCUCCAGACAUGAUUUCUGCAUUCUGACUCCUGGCUGAUCCGGUUCCUGCAGCUUUCUUUGUUCCUGGUCUUACUGAGUGAGUGUCCAUCCUUGGCUAAUAAAUAAGCUACAUUCUCUGACGCACGGCUUCCUUUAGCUGGCUGCCUUCAUUCCUCCACAUGUGGUGGAACAUCGGUGCUCCAGGCUCCGAGUCAGCUCUGUCCUGUGUGGUGAGUUCUCCCCUGGCAGGUCCCCAGCAGCGGCGGCCGCACCUCCUUCCUCGAGGUCACUCUACGCUUCCCGCCCCAGCAGGCUUGCUUCCUCCAGGAGCCCCGCAGCACUACCACAAGCUAUUUCCUGGCUCAGGUUUAUCCAGAUAGACGACUUGGUUGCUGAGAUAAUUCCAGAAUUCUGAUGGUCCCAGCUUGGAAUAAGAAGGAGAAAUCUCUACAACCAAAGCAAGUUUAGGAAGGAGAAGAAGGUGGUGGAAAAAUAUACAUGUUUCCAUAGGAGUUUAACUACAAUCCACAGAGCCAUACGGAUUGUACGACUCCGGACACGAAUUUCUGGGUGAAGCAUUGAAACAACGGAGACAUAUCCUCAUUCUCUACUUGACAAGGUCAUGGAAGAUCUAGAGGAAACAUUAUUUGAAGAAUUUGAGAACUACUCCUAUAACCUGGAAUAUUAUUCCUCAGAGUCUGAUUUGGAGGAGAAAGUCCAACUGGGAGUUGUUCAUUGGCUCUCCCUGGUGUUAUACUGUUUAGCAUUUAUUCUGGGCAUUCCAGGAAAUGCCACUGUUAUUUGGUUCAUGGGGUUCAAGUGGAAGAAGACAGUCACCACUCUCUGGUUUCUCAAUCUGGCUAUUGCAGAUUUUAUUUUUCUUCUCUUCCUACCUCUGUACAUCUCCUAUGUGGCAAUGAAUUUCCACUGGCCCUUUGGCAUCUGGUUGUGCAAGGCCAAUUCCUUCAUUGCCCAGUUGAACAUGUUUGCUAGUGUCUUUUUCCUGACGGUGAUCAGCCUGGACCGCUAUAUCCACUUGAUCCAUCCUGUCGUAUCUCAUCGGCACCGAACCCUAAGGAACUCCCUGAUUGUUAUUAUAUCCGUUUGGUUUGUGGCUUCUCUAAUGGGUGGUCCUGCCCUCUACUUCCGGGACACUCUGGAGUUCAAUAACCACACUAUUUGCUAUAACAAUUUCCAUGAGCAUGAUCCUGACCUUACUUUGAUGAGGCACCAUGUUCUGACCUGGGUGAAAUUUAUUGUCGGGUACCUCUUCCCCUUGCUAGCAAUGAGCAUUUGCUACUUGUGUCUCAUCUUCAAGGUGAAGAAGCGAAGCAUCCUGGUCUCCAGUAAGCAUUUCUGGACCAUCCUGGCUGUGGUCAUGGCCUUUUUGAUUUGCUGGACUCCUUAUCACCUGUUUAGCAUUUGGGAGCUCACAAUCCACCACAGUAGCUAUUUCCACCAGGUGCUUCAGGCCGGCAUCCCCCUCUCCACUGGCUUGGCUUUCCUCAAUAGUUGCUUGAACCCAAUCCUUUACGUCCUAAUUAGUAAGAAGUUCCAAACUCGCUUUCGGCUCUCAGUUGCUGAGAUCCUAAAGCACACACUGUGGGAGGUCAGCUGUUCUGGCACAGUGAGCGAACAGCUCAGGAACUCUGAGACCAAGAACCCAUGUCUUCUGGAAACAGCUCAGUGAGUUAUCAGUAGAAGGCUUUUGGGGGGGGGACCCUGACAAAUGCUUUCAGAUUAUUUGGUUCCAAGGUAUGGUAAUAACCAUCUCUUUCUGUUAAUCAGUUUAGCGGCAUUACAUUUUUGUGUUGGUAUAAAACGUAGGAAAGAUCUUCAUUUUUUCCCCCUGCAAAUUAAAUUAUCUGUCAUUCUUGCUAAUUAUACCGUCGUGGAUUAGUCACCACUGUGGAUGCAGUAUCAGCUAUUAUUUUUUAAGUCCUAAUAACUUUGAAGUCCUAAAUCUUAAUAUUAAAUAGAUGAUUAAUUCAUUUCAAAAAUGUUAACGUAUGUGCUGCUUAAGCUCACUUUAAUUUUGCACCAGUAACCUAUUAGACAUAUUUUUCAAAUGCAACAUGUACUUCAUUUCUUUAUUUCAUGAAACCUAUAUAUGUACAUUUAUAAAUUAAAGUAAUAGUUGGUUAUAGUAGUUUAAAACAUUAUGAACUAUUCAUGCUUAGUGAAGUGUCCCAGAAUCUAGUUGCUUGAAAUGACAAUUUAUUAUUAUAAUAUCUCACAAUUCUGAGUCAGAAACUCAGACAAGGCCUAGAAGGGACGUUCAUCUCUCUGCUUCACGAGGUCUGGAUCAUCAGCUGGACUGGGAUGACCCAAAUGGUAGAAUUUUGGAACAGCUUGUCUCCUCUGCCCUACUGUUCCUUCUCUUCUUCUUUUUUUUUUUUUCCACACAGCUUGUCCAGUAUGGUAGCUCAGGGUAGCCAGACUUCUUAUAUGGCAGUGUAGGGCUCUAAGAGACCAAAGUGGACAUUUCUAGUCCUCUUUAAGCCUAUGCCCACCCCUGACACAGUAUCACAUCCACUGUACUCUCUUGGUCAAAGUAGUCCUGGGCCAGCUCAGGUUCAAGGGGAGGCGACAUAAACCCCACCUGCCAAUGGGGAUAUGCUCCUAUCUUUAAUCCCUCGUGAAAUCAUUAUAAAUGUUAACAUUCUUGGAAAAUUCUGGGUAUGUGCAAAUAUGUAUAAGAUUGCUGUAAACAUAAAACACUGACAUCUAGAUGGUAGAUAGGCCAGCCUAAUCUCAGAAUGAUUUCAGAAAAAGAAAGCAUGUAUGACAUUGAUAUAUUUCCACCUUCUAUUCCUAUAACUCUAUAGAUACAGACACAGUACAAGACCAAUAAAGUAUACCUUUAAGUCAGUAACCUCUUCAAUUUUAAAAAGCAUUUAAUUUUCUGUAAUUUCUUUAUUUUAUUUUGAAAGUUGGGAGGGGAGCUGUGUUAUUUUUUGAAUCAGUAUCCUUUUUUAUUUCAUCUCUCAGCUUCUGGACAUGCCCAUUAGCCCAUAGCAACAAUCAGAUCUGGUUUUGGAAAUUAUUCCUCAAAAAUGUGUGGCAUAGCUCAGCAUAUCCCAAACUUCUGUCAUCCCCCAAUUUCAUGAUUUCUGCACACCCAGUAUGGAGGGAAGGCAAGGAGAGAAAGGCUCAUUGUGAGUGUCUGUCCCCUCCACGACCGGAGUUUAAGAUAUUCCAUUCUGGGUUCCCCGUCACCUUCAAGGGACAGGCCCUGAUUUCCCAGGAUCAGGAGAAAAGCUGGAGGAUCAAAGACAAAGAGAAUUCCUUAGGCUCAUCCUUAGUUUGAGCAGAUGGAGGGAUUCUCAAGGCUGUGGGAGAAAGAGGAAGGCUGAAGAGCAGGAAAGGGAUUAAGCAACCAAGGGCAGAAGGAAAUGAUGGAGCAGAUGGUGUUACCACCUAAGAAGCAGCUUACCAAAGGCCUAUGAAAAUAUUUGAGAUCUUUAAAAAAAUGUUAUUUUUUAUAACAUUUAAAAUACAAAAAAGGAAACUUGAAAAGUCAAAAUUAAUAAAUACUUAAUCACAUGUCUAUAAAAUACACCUUUAUGUCAAUGAGUCAAAUGAAAUAUUUCAUAGUUAUAUAAAAACUUAUAUUUAAUAUGGACUUUCAAUAUGUUUCAGUGUUUGAUAUGAGGAGUGAAACCGAAAAAAAUGCUUUAAGGAAGGUCUAUAAAGGUCUUUUUUUUUUUUUUAAGAUUUUAUUAAUUUAUUUGACACAGAGAGAGAGAGAGGGAGAGAGAGAGAGCAUAAGCAGGGGGAGUGGCAGGCAGAGGGAGAGGAAGAAGCAGGCUCUCCGCUGAGCAGGGAGCCCAAUGUGGGGCUCCAUCCCAGGACCCUGGGAUCAUGACCUGAGCCCAAGGCAGAUACUUAAUGACUGAGCCACCCAGGCACCCCAAGGUCUACAAAGGUCUUAAAGAACUCUGAAUUCAUUUGAGAACCUAAGGAAGGUUAUGGGUCCUUUCCCUAGAAACAUGCUUUUUUUUUUUUUUUUUUUUUUAAAUCAGUCUCUGCCCAAACGUGGAGCUUAAACUCACAACCCCAAGAUCAAGAAUCAAGUCUCAUGUGACUGCCAGGUACCCCUCCCUAGAAACAUGCUUUUAAAUAAAAUAUCAGAGUCCUUAGAUCCUGGGCUAAAGACCCUAGUUUUAGUGGCUUUUAAAAUAGCUGAUAGUGGGGAUGUAAACAGAAAUCUGCUAGUGAAAGUAGCAGCCAGUACAAGUACUUAAUAUCUUAUUCUCAGUUUGAGGGAAGAUCUGAAGAGUAGCAUUGGGCCUGGGCCUGGGGACUCCAAGCCUCCUCCCCUAACAGUUGGAAUUUGGUUAGUGGGGCUUUCCAGGGGUCUCCUGAUUAAGAGCAGGAUGAACGUCUAAAAGGACAGAGGCUGGAGGAGAGGACAAGCACUGGAGCAAUUAGGGAAGGAAGUGAGGGAGCUCAGUGCCCAGUUGGCAGAAGAGUAAAGAAUCCCAGGCUCUCAGGGACUGGGGCAUAGACACCAGGAGACAGACCUGCCUCUCUAAUGGAAAACAGCUCUUUUUUUUUUUUUUUAAAGAUUUUAUUUAUCUGAGAGAGAGAUUGAGACAGAGAGAGAGAGCAUGAGAGGGGGGAGGAUCAGAGGGAGAAGCAGACUCCCUGCUGAGCAGGGAGUCCGAUGUGGGACUCAAUCCAGGGACUCCAGGAUCAUGACCUGAGCCGAAGGCAGUGGCUUAACCAACUGAGCCACCCAGGCGCCCCGGAAAGCCCCUCUUUGAAGAGGGCAAGUCCCAGGGCCUCCAGAGGCAGGAUAUCAGGAUUUGAACUAAAGUUCCAACACAUGCUGUGUCUGUGUCCUUGGCUAAAUUAAUUCAAAUUUCUAGACCUGUUUCUCCCAUCUGCAAAAUGGGGACAACAAUAGUAGUAUGCGCUACAGGGCUGUUGUGGAAAUUAAAUGAGGCAAUGCAGGUAAAGCACUUAGAGGGGUACUUAGACCUAUAAAUAACUUGAGCAAUCUUAGCUGGUAUUAGUCAGUAAAUUCUUGGCAUCUUCCAACCUAGUAACUGCUUAGUAAAUGUUAGAUCCUUUCCUCUUGGAUGAAUACAAACAUUUCACAGGAAGAAUAAGGGAGCUACACAGAGAACUUUAAAACAAGAUAGUUUAUAUGUAUAAAAGACUAUGUGCCUAGAGGUUGUAAAGGGCAAGAAGCAGAAUAAAAGUUGAAAGAUGUAUUUGAAGUGCAUCUUGAAGAAUGACUCCAAUUUUAACGAGUGCAGAUGAGAAAAGAGCCUUUUCAGGUAGGUGACACAGUAGGGGCAAAAGUACAGAGGAAAACAGGCUAUGAUCAGAAAAAAUAGUGAAAAAAAAAAAAAGGUCCCAUUUUCUAGGGACAGAGUGAGGAUAGAAGAUUCACAAGUUGGUGUCCAGCUUGAAUAGUAAUCCAUAGUUCCUCAAUAUUCUUACAUAUGGGCAGUUCUUUGGGAGAAUGAAUUUAAGAAGUCCAUGAACAUUUUCCUUUGAUUUUUACUUUACUGAAAGCUAUGCAGGCCAAUGGCAUUCCAAACAACAGAUGCUCAUUUGGGUCAUUUCUUGAAUGCAUCUAUUACCAUCCAUACAGAGCGCAUAAUGACAAAAUGUGUUUAUCAGUCUCAGUUCCAUUUAAAAUUUACCUUUAUGUGACUUUAUCUUCUCACUCUCCCUAAUUGAGGAUAUAAAGCAAGGGUUACACCAAUGAAAUAGGAUUAAAUUGUCUAAAAGCAGGGAUGAAGAACUUUCUUCAUUCUAUUGCCAACACAUUACCUGGCCAAGGACCCCGGUUUCAGUUCUCUCUCUCUAGGUGAAUAAUCGGGCAAAUCAUCUUUCAGAGUUGUUUCCUCAUCUAAAUGGUGAUAAAAGUGUCUGCUUUGCUUAUCUCAUAGCUUAUAAUGGGGUCCAAAAUGGACAGUGUGAUGAGGCAUGUAUUUUUCUAUUUUUUUUAGUUUUUUAAUCUAAGGACAAUAAUUGCCAUUGCCAAAUUGGAUUUGUUCGGGGUGGGGGGGAAUACAUAUAGAUCCCAAAACAUGAAUGCAACUCCUUUUGUAUUUGUUUUUGUCCAUAAGCUUAUCUUUUCGUAAUACGGAAAAAAACUCCAGCAUUUCUCAAUGUUGCUCUAGUCUGUUACUUUUUAAUUAUAUUGUUUAUAAAGUAUUUCCUUGAGUAUAUAUGCCAUAAUUUAGCCAUUUCCAUUCAUGUUAGGACUGUAACAAUCCUUUUAUUCACAUGCUUCCAUCCAUACCACCUCCAGGUCAGAGCUGUCUGCCUUUGUCAUUUUCUGGCUCAGAAAACUUCAAGGCUCUCCCCACUCCUCACCCCCAUGCCCCCCCACCCCCGCCCCCAUACACACACUGCUCUCACAGAAGGAGCCAGACUGGAUGUGCCGCCUGGCCCCACCCUACCUAAUCCCAAACAGACACUGCAAAAUCCAGCCAAAUUGAUCUAAUUGCCUUGUAAAUGUUGCUUUGUCUAUUCUAUUCCUGUGUUUUAUCCCCUCCUGGAAUAUUUUUUCUUUUUUUUUU